CACCCCUUUCGGUUUGAUCUUUCUGCGAUUAGGAUCUUUUUCAACGAUCCCCCUGAAACAAGCCCACUGAUAUGGAUAUGGCCCGUUAAUCAUUAUAGCUUCAGUCGUUUUGCUGAGAUGGUAAGGUUCUUGUAGGGAUGACCACGCAUAGUGCUUAUCAAAAGUAGUUCCACAACCUACAACUUGAACAUUCGUGAUCCCCACAGGAGGAGCUACAACCAAAUAUGUAAUAUGGGCUAUGGCGCACAGUCUCGCAGAAGUAGAAGAGUAACUUUAUAUAAAAAGGAGCAGUGCUGGUGCAACAACUGCAACAUGAACAUUGUGUACUUGUAUCACAACAACAUCCAUCAACAUCAUGCUAAGGUCUUUGUUCACGACUUCAUUUUAGACGCUAGGAACGAGGAGGAUGACGGCGACUUUUAUUCCGGCAGAGCGGCUACGCGGAGAGGAGGAGGGACCUUUGUGCCUUCUUUUUCUCGAAGAACUUUCGCGUUCGAGCUGCCCUGCGCUCAAAUCGCUUGCGGAGGAGAUGAGACGGAAGAAGAAGGAGGUCGCGAUCGUGAUACACACACUGAAAGUGCCUCCUUUGCCAGGAACCGUGGCCUUGAGCACACUUAGCGAGCCUGAGGGGAGAAAAAGUAAAAGAGCGGCUGAUCCGAGAACACCGGUUAGCCAGCUGCCAAAGUUUUGGCGUCCUCCAGUGGCUUACGAGCAAGCCGCGCCACCCUUUAGUGGGAAGGAAUUGACAGAGGAGCCAGAGCGGCUUCGGUGGAUGGAGGACAUACACAAUAUGCGAGAUCAUGGACCCUGUGUGUAUCCGAGACAGGAGCGCCUGUAUCUAGUGAUGCUCCGAGUGAACAGCGAUCAGGCCUUGCUGCGGUUAGGGCGAGAGAUCUCGUUUCCCCGCGGUUGUCCUCUGCUAUGGUGUCCCGCGACCGGGGUAAUCCAGUCCUACGGGUUUUAUCCGAAGUUCAGCGACGCAAGUUCGGGUCACACGAACGCGGUGGACGCUCGUGCGCAUCGCUUGGUGUGUUUACGCAAGUAUUCAGGCUUUUUGUCGAUCCUGCUCUGUUGGCGACGCAGCGACUUCGUGUCAGGCAACAACCCUAAGUUGAAGCAAGU